GGGAGAACCACGCUGCAGAUCUCCAACUGCAUCAAGGUCAUGUCAUACCUUACAAUUGCUAACGCUACUAUAAGCACAUCUUUAGAAGCCUGUUUCAUCUCUGAUGGAUGCCCGUUUGAUGGACGCGACCUUCUCUCGAAACCAACCCAGCGAUGCGCGGAGACUGUAUGAUGACCGCGCCAUCCGCUACGACAACAGCUGGCACCCUCGCUUCGCUAGGCAUAUGGUCGAGCUUGCUAGAAUACACUCUGGCGAACGCGUCCUAGACCUCGCAUGUGGCACGGGACUAGUCACGUACCCUGCAGCUAAUGCAGUCGGUCCAACAGGUAGUGUUGUGGCCGUCGACAUCAGCACCGGCAUGCUUGCCCAGGCGAAAGCGAAGCAAGCCGACCACAAGCAUGAGAACGUACAGUUGCUUCAGCACUCCGUAACUGAUCUUCAGUCUCUACUGCAACUGCAAGGCGAGACGUUCGACGUCAUUACUUGUGUCUCGGCUCUGGUUCUGCUUGAGCGGCCUUACGAAGCCGUCAAGCAGUGGGCAACCUUUUUGACGCGGGGAGGCAGAAUGAUUGUGGAUGUCACUCAUCCGGAAAGCCAGAUCUCGCUGAUAACCUUCGAACGGGUAGGCCGUAAACUCGGAAGACCUGUGCCGUUUUAUCGCGUACCUUUCCAGUCACCGGACGAUGCUCGAAGGCUUCUGGAGGAUGGAGCAGGCUUGCGCAACGUUGUGGUCCACUCCGUAUCCCAAAUGGACAUAGAAGGUCGUGACGACCUUCAAGCGUACCUCAGCGACAUACAGCAUCCACGUAUUGAGCAGGCCUUCACUAUCGGCGACGCUGAUCGAUUGUUCGACAAGCAUAUCACUGAUUGGGCAGCUCAGUCACUCGCCAACGACGACAUCAAGCAGAAGGCUCGAGCAGUCUUCCGAGAAGAGUGGGUAAAGUUGGCCGAUGCGAGUGGUCAAAUACGUGAAGUCGAUGAAGUCUUUGUCGCCAUUGGAUGGAAACAGUGAGCAAAUCGCACAUUGGCGAUGCCGUUAUGCCGCCGUGUGACUUACCGCAGUCAUGCUGCGACUCUGGCGUACGGCUCGAGCAAGCCUCGAGCCGAGCGUUGGCUACAUUUGAUAUAGUCCGGCCUAGAGUGCCAGGGUGCACAGCACGGAGAUCAUGCACGAGAACAUCGCAUGGUCGGGUAAUUCACCAUUCGUCACGAGAAUUUCAAUAAGCGCAG